AAUUAUGGGAAUUUAGGCGCAUACAGACUGCAGUCACGCUGCAUACAAACAAGUCGAAAUUUUCUGUGCGAAAGAGCAGCAGCCGCAGCAGCAACAGAAGCAGCAGCCGCAGCAGCAGCAGCAGCAGCCAGAACCAAGCAGCAGACAAUUGUUGUCAUUGUUGUUGCGAAACAGACGUGGCAAGGAUAUAAAUAACCGCUUCAAGCCAACAAAAACCAACCCCAAAGGACGCAGCACCAUGGGUGUACCAAAGUUUUUUCGUUAUAUCAGCGAACGGUAUCCGUGUCUCAGCGAAUUGGCGCGUGAGCAUAGCAUACCGGAAUUCGACAAUCUGUACCUGGACAUGAAUGGCAUUGUGCACAACUGUUCGCAUCCGGAUGACAACAAUAUACACUUUCACCUGGAGGAGCCGCAAAUAUUCCAGGACAUUUACAACUAUAUCGAUAAACUUUUCUAUCUGAUCAAGCCACAGAAACUGUUCUUUCUGGCCGUUGACGGUGUCGCGCCACGUGCCAAAAUGAAUCAACAGCGCAGCCGGCGCUUCCGUUCCGCCCGCGAGGCCGAGAUGCUCGAGGCGAAGGCGCUGCAGCGCGGCGAACGGCGGGAACACGAACGCUUCGAUAGCAAUUGCAUAACGCCCGGCACCGAGUUUAUGGCCCGGCUGCAGCUGGGCCUGCGCUGCUUUCUGCGCACCAAAAUCUCAACGGAUCCGUUGUGGCAAAAGUGCCGCAUCAUACUCAGCGGCCAGGAGACGCCCGGCGAGGGCGAGCACAAGAUCAUGGACUAUAUACGCUAUAUGAAGGCGCAGCCCAAUUUUGAUCCCAAUACGCGUCACUGCCUCUACGGCCUGGACGCGGAUCUGAUCAUCCUGGGCCUGUGCACGCACGAGCUGCAUUUUGUGGUGUUGCGCGAGGAGGUGAAAUUUGGACGCAAUGUGAAACGCACCUCCGUCGAGGAGACGCGCUUCUUUUUGCUGCAUCUGGGCUUGUUGCGCGAAUAUCUGGAGCUGGAGUUCCAUCAGCUGUCGACGCCCGAACAAAAACUGGACGUGGCCCAGCUAAUCGACGACUGGGUACUGAUGGGCUUUAUGGUGGGCAACGAUUUUAUACCGCAUCUGCCCUGCCUGCAUAUCUCGUCGAAUGCCCUGCCGUUGCUCUACAAGACUUAUAUACGGAUCUAUCGCCAGCUGGGCGGCAAUAUCAAUGAGCACGGCAAACUGAAUCUGGAACGUUUGGAGCAGUUCAUGCAUGCCCUCAGCGAGGUGGAGCUGCAGCUGUUCGAGGAGCACAGCGACGAUCUCAAGUACAUGAACGCCAAAACGGAGGCGUUCGAUGUGGAUGUUGCCGAGCUCAAGAACGGCAGCUUCGAUGGCUAUAGCGACGAUCUGGCCGCACUCAUUGACAAUAGCAUGAAGCUUUAUGAGGGCGACAGCGAUGAGGAUUUUGGGGACGAGCAAACGUCAUUGCGUUCCGAAUUCCAGAACUACAAGCGUAACUAUUAUCGGAACAAGUUCAAGAACGAGAUGCACAGCGAUCUGAUUGGCGAGCUGGGCUAUCAUUAUGUGACCGCGAUGCAGUGGGUGCUCGACUAUUAUUAUCGCGGCGUUCAGUCCUGGGAUUGGUAUUAUCCCUAUCACUAUGCGCCCUUCAUCAGCGAUCUGACCAACAUCAAGGACAUUCGCAUCAAUUUUAAGCUGGGCAAACCAUUUUUGCCCUUCCAGCAGCUGCUUGCGGUGCUGCCAGCGGCAAGCGUGAGCCUAUUGCCGGCGGCAUAUCACGAUCUGAUGCUCAACCCGAACAGUCCGCUGGCCGAGUUCUAUCCGACGGAAUUCGAGAGCGAUCUGAAUGGCAAAAAGCACGACUGGGAGGCAGUUGUGCUGAUACCCUUCAUCGAGGAGGAUCGCCUGCUGAGGGCCAUGUCUGCGUGUGAGCCGCUGCUCAACAGCGAGGAGCGCGAUAGGAAUCGCCACGGGCCGAUGUUCCAAUACGAUUACAGUGCCCAGUCGCAGGGACCGAUGAAGGCGCUGGCGCCGCUCAAAUCGCUGCAGCACGUCUUCUGCACGGAGUUGGCGCGCUGGGCGCACGAGAUUGCGAUCAAUACGCCGCGCACUGUGUGCGUGGAGCUGCCGAAUGCAGCGCGUCACGUCUUCUUUCCCGGCUUUCCGACCAUGAAGCACUUGGAGUUUAAUUUUGAUCUGCGCUACGAUCGGGUCAAGGUGUUCGAGCAGGCGAGCCGCAAUCAGAGCAUGGUGUUGCUGCCGAAGCGGCGACAACAGCAGGACACGCUCACUUCGGUGGCUUCGCAGUAUCUCGGGCAGGUGGUGCACAUCGGCUGGCCGCAUCUGAUCAAGGCCAAGGUGGAGAGCGUGGCGACACGCGAUCAAAUCGUCGACAAGGACGGCGUGCGUGCGAACGAAUCGCGAUAUUUCGAAUCCGACUGCAAAGCGCUCGAGGAACACUUUACCAGCCGCAUGGGCAUCAAGUUUGCCAACUACUAUGUGCUCGUCUAUAUACGCACCUAUGCCGGCAGCUCUGUGGAAUUUGGACAGCGUGGCAGCAUAUUUAUGCAGGAUUCGUGGAACAGCUCGGUCACCCCAUAUCCGGCACAGGGCGUUGUCUCCGACAUCACAGUGCGCGACAAUUUGCAUGUGCAGUUCCGGAAAAUCGAACAGCUAUUUCCCGUCGGCAGCACCGUUUUCUUUAUCGGCGAACCCUACGCGGGCAGCGAGGGCACCGUACUGGAUCCCAUGCUUGUCUACAGCUGUGGCCGUGUACAGGUUAAUUUGCGCGUCGGGCCGGAGCCGCAGCUGUUGGCCGCACGCCAGCUGCAGGAGCAGCGGGAUCGGGACUACAUGAACUCGUAUAAGGUGUGCCGCGAAUUGGAUAUAACCAGCAAGUGUCUGGGCCGGCUGACGGGCACCGUUUGGGUAGUACUGGGACCGCGACGUGAACGCAUGGAGAACGUGUCCAAGCACAAUAUUGGACUGCAGCUGAAGUAUCCGCGCCUGAACGAGGAACGGGCCGGCUACUGUCGCCGCCUGAACAAUCAAUGGUUCUACUCGAGCCUGGCCAUUGACCUAAUGAACAGCUAUUGUGAUCGCUAUCCGGCGAUUGUGGACUACUUCAGCAGCAGCAGCGAUCGCGGCGAGUUUAUCUACGAGGAGGACAUCUUUCCGGACGCCAUCGGUCAGCAUCAUAUCGAGGAUGUUGCCAAUUGGGUGCGCCAGCAGCCGCACAUGAAAGUGGAUCGCAUUACGUGCGGUUCGCGUACUGUCUGCAAGGAGACCGUUGAGCUGCUCCUGGCCGCUGCCGAUGAGCUGCGUCUGCUGCCGGUCAAGAACGUCAAGCUGCAGGUGAAGCCACAUUUGUUGAUCAAACCGAACGUAACGCUGCCCGAUGUCUACAGGACGCCCGGUGCAGUGCGUCUCUUCGAUCGUGUCGUUGUCGUACGCACCAUUUACAUGGUGCCCGUGGGCAUAACCGGCACGGUAAUUGGCAUACAUCCCGUUAGCGAUCCGAAUCCGGUGCGCCUCGAGUGUCUCAACUCCGUGGAGACCUUCUGUGAGCUGCUCUUCGACAGGUGUGUGGCCAACUGCGGCGACAUCCAUGGCAUUGCCGACGAGCGUGUCUACAAGGUGCCCGAGAGCGCGCUGGUCAUCAUUAAUGCGAGCGACGCCAACGAGAAGCAGCAGCCGCCGCCGGCGCAAGCGGUGCCCGCUGCUCAGCAGCCGCCGUCGUAUCAGCUGAAGGCGCGCACGGAUGCAAUGCGUCGGGAUUGGCGCGAACAGCAGCAGCCCGGCGGUCGUUUUAUCACUGCCGCCAGCAGCAAAUAUAAUGCGAUCACCAUGAAUACGCACAUUGCCGAUGAGUUCUAUUUGCCCGGCGCCAGCGAUGCGUCGCCAGGCUCUGCUGCCGGCACACAGCCGUCCACAUCUGGCGCGGCGGCACGCUCGUCGAUGGCCGUCGCCAAGAAGGAGUCGCCGGUGGUGCAAAACUGGCGCACAAUGUCCACGCAGGCGCCGCUGUCGUCGUCAACGUCGUCGUCGGCGGCGGCGGCGGCAGGUGCACGUUCAACGCCGCCGGGCCAGGCGCCAGUCAAGCAGCUGGAACAUGUCCAGCGUAACCAGGCCGCCGCGCCAGCGACGCCGCAUGAUCAAACGCAGGCGCUCAAGCUACUGCUGGGCCUGAAGCCGCCGCCGUCGUCGUCGUCGUCGUUGCAGCCGUCGACGUCACAGCAAAUGUCAGCAGCAUUCCCAACGAAUCUGCCGUCGCAGUCGCAUUUUCAGCUACAAUCACAAUCGCAGUCGUUGGCCAACGUUCCGUCCACGUCGCAGCAGCUGCCCCAAGCGCCGCUGCCCAGUCAAAUGCCUAAAUUGCCGCAGCCGCCGCUCUUCUGGCAGCGCGAGGCACAGCAGCAGCAGGCGAAGCUGCAAUCGGAGCUGCUGAUCUCCAAGCAGCAAUGGGAUCAGAGACCGCUGCUGAGCAGCAGCAGGCAGCCGAAUGUCGACGAGUUUCCAGAAGCGCCAGCAGCAGCACAGCAGGCAUCAUCAGCUGAGAGCCUUAUGAGACAGUUGCUGCAACGUCCACAGGCACAGCACCAGAUGCAGCAACAGCAACAACAGCAGCAACAACAGCAACAACAACAACAACAACUUGCCUCAGCGACAACUGUGCGCCCGAUUAGGCUAACGCCUCAGCUGCUACAGGCUGCCACGUUUAUGCCGUCGAGUCUCAGCGGCGGCUACAACAAUAGCUAUCAGCUCUACAACAGCAGCUCGAGCAACUAUUAUCCCAUCAAUAAUAACAACAAUUACAACAACAACAGCAACAGCAACAACAACAACAACAACAACAACAACAAUAGCAGCAGCAGCAACAAUCGGCCGUCCGAUGGCAACUACUACGGCAAUACCAAUCCGCGUCGCUCGUACACAUCGAUCCAGGACUUUGUGCCCAUCCAGGCCUAUCGUCCCAAGAAGUCGCAGCGUAACGCCCAGCAAAUGGAAAAACUGGAAACGGGCAACAGCAGCGCUGCCAACGAAGUCCAACCCCAGGAGGCGAGCGGCUCAGCGACGGCACAAAAUGCAGGAGAUGAGGCUAGCUCUGAGCUAAUGAGAACGCUUAAGAUAACGCCCCCAGAUUCAGAGGCCAGCACAAGCGUUGCCGCUGUCAAAACUGAGGAAGCGGCUGUUAUCAAGCCAAAGGUGACCAGGAAGCCGCGAGUGCCGCGCAUCGGCGCCAAAUUCGACUUGGAGUACAUCAUGCCCUAAAUGGAACUAGAAAGACUAAAUGAAGAAUCUACGAUCGAACAUUUUUAUUUCGUUUUGUUGUUUGUUUUUUUUUUUUUUGUUUGUUUUUCUUUUACGAUUCUAUUCAUUCCAUUCGCACAUUUAUUCGCCUAUUCAUAUUUGCGCCCGCGUUUUGAGGGAAACUCUGAAAUUGCUUUUAGACAAUUAUUUUUAUUAUUAUUCUCUACCGAUAUUACUUUAUCAUUUUGUAUCUGUUCCGCAUAUGGAGGGCGGCAUCUACUACCGAUUUCUAGACUGUUCUAGGCGUAGAUAUAAAUAGACAUAAGUACUAUAUAGAGCGCUAACUGUAUACUAAUAUAUAUAUAUAUGCAUAUGUAUAUAAAUGUUUAUAUAUAUAUAUGUGUAUACAUAUAUGCUAGGCUUAUUUAUAUACUACUUGUGUAUAUAACUUUUUAAUUCUUUAGACUCUUAAGCAUAAACCACACACACACACACACACAUUAAGAAUACAAUUGAACAUGAAAUGUGAAACAAGCAAAAAAAUUUAACAAAACUUAAUCAUGAAAAACAAGUUUGUUAUGAAUGCAAUAAAAAUGUAAGAAGAAAAUCCCCCAAAAAUAGACGAAGCUAGAGAGAGAGAGAGACAGUUAGAUAUCGUGAUGUUUCUUCAAGAAAAACAAAAGUUGCCGAGUUUUAAUAAUAUUUUCUUAAAAGACAAGUAUAUGAUAAAUAUAUGUUAAUAAUAAAGGCAAACUCUCUCAUGAAACGAAAAGAGAUCGAGCGAUAAAUACAUAAGGAGAGAGAGAUAAGAAGAAAUCUUAAAGAAAAGCACGAAGAACGAAAAGAAAUCCAUCAAAGUAUCAAGAAGCAGGAAAAGUGAAAAUAUCUCUGGAAAUAAAAUUUGCAUUUAUGAAUUCAAUUUUAUUGCCUAUUUCAUACGCCAAAUUUGUUGUCUGUCAUGUUCAUGUCUAGAGUAUACACAAAUUGAGAAUGUUUCACAUUUGUAAACCUUUUCCCCAUUUCCACCGAAACGAAACGAACUCAUUUUUAAGAGCAAAGCAGAUCGGACUCUAAGCACCGAAGUUAUUCCAGACAGUUGUUAGCUUUGGGUAUAAAAUACAAUUUAUUCAUUUUGUUAUGCAUAUUACAUAAAUUUGCAAUUAUAUAUUGGAUCGUAGAUAGUACCAUAUAUAUAUAUCAAAAAGUGCGUCAGGAAGACAAAGCGAGGGCGCGAAUGUUAAACGUCUAAAUAUUAAUUAAUUAAUUAUUAAUUAAAUAAUUCCUAGUCACAAUAACUAUUGCUUUGUGUUGCGCAGUUGUGUUCUAUUUGAUUGCAUUUCAAAUAUGGCUUAUAAUAAUUGUUAAAUCGCCAAAAAAAAUUAUGUUCAAUUCUCCGCAAAUGAGCAACAAAUACGGAAGCGAAGCGUGCCACAUUUGUGGGCUUGCACUGUAAUUUGCAUAAGUGCAGUGCGGGUUUAUGUCUAAGCUGAGGCGUACACUGAUGGCCUAUUCUAUUGGGCAUGCUUAUUGCUUAUAUUUAA